AUGAAGCUCCCAGACAAGAACUCCAUCUACGUCAUCUCGAUCCCGCUAACAGCAUCAAGAUCAUUUAUCUACUGCAACCAUCGACCUCUUCUCCAAAGCCAUGCACCGUUGAUCACAAAAGUUGAAACCAAAGCUGUCAACAUUGCAACAAAAGGUUGGAACAAGUUAGCAUCUUCCAAACUCACCGUCAAUGUCAAGAUUGUUGAAUGGACUCGCAAGUUGCUUGCAACGAUACCGUAUGAGGAAAACUGUCUCAGGUCUUUCCCCAACAAGCAAGCAAUGAUUAGAGAAAUCAAUGAAGAGAGUUUACACUUGGUGAAACCAUUGGAAAAGGAUAGCCAUGGAUUUGUACAUCAAUCCGACAUCAAACAGUUGAACAUUCCUGAUUCUCAGUUGAAGCCGAUUCCAUUGUACCACGCCAAGCAGCAGUCGCCCUCCAAAAUCCUCACUGAGCUCACCCAUUUCAGAACAGACAAUUACAAAAAACACAAGAAUGGAGCAAUCCUUUGCGCUAUUGGCAUUCCUUUGACAUUGCCAUUUGCGUUGGUGCCAGUAGUUCCCAAUGUCCCUGGGUUCUACCUUGCUUAUAGGUUAUAUUGCCAUAUUAAGGCAUUAUUAGGCAUCAACCAUUUGGAUUAUUUAUUAGAAAACAACGCAUCGCAUAUUAGAUUUGUCGAGCUUCCCCAAAUAGAUGAAGCGUAUGGCAACACCGAAGAGGAGGAAAUUCUACUCACUCCCGAGAUUAUAGAUUUACUCGUUACGAAAUUGUCCCUUGAAAAUCACGUCAAAGAUGAUUUGACCAAAGCGUUGAUGCAAACAAGGAAACAAUUGAAGAAGGAGAAGGAGAAGAAGGAUCAAGAAGCUCAAAAGCAUUUAGAUUAA